AUGAUGUUAGCUUCAGGAUCAGGUGACGAGGGAGCCCGGUUUUUGCUGCUCUCGCUUCUGCUCUUCGCUCCUCAGGAGACCGGGAGCCGCCAGGUCCACUACGCGGUCCCCGAGGAGGCCAAGCGCGGCACCUUCGUGGGCCGCAUCGCGCAGGACCUGGGGCUGGAGCUGGCGGAGCUGGUGCCCCGCCUGUUCCGGGUGGCGUCCAAGGGCCGCGGGGACCUUCUGGAGGUAAAUCUGCAGAAUGGCAUUUUGUUUGUGAAUUCUCGGAUCGACCGCGAGGAGCUGUGCGGGCGGAGCCUGGAGUGCAGCAUCCACCUGGAGGUGGUGGUGGAGCGGCCGCUGCAGGUUUUCCACGUGGAGGUGGAGGUGAAGGACAUUAACGACAACCCGCCUGUGUUCCCAGCGACACACAAGAAUCUAUUUAUUUCCGAAGCUAGGGCUCUUGACUCUCAUUUUUCGCUAGAGGGCGCCUCGGAUGCAGAUAUCGGGGUCAACGCUCUGCUGACUUACAGACUGAGCCCCAAUGAAUACUUCUCUCUGGAAGUACCGACCAACGACGACCAGGUAAAACCGCUUCAACUGGUACUGAAAAAACCUUUAGACAGGGAAGUCGCUUCGGAGCUCCUCUUGGUGCUUAAAGCAACAGACGGGGGCAAACCUGAGCGGACAGGUACUGCAGAAGUACAGAUCACAGUGCUGGAUGCAAACGACAACGCCCCAGUAUUUGACAAAGCAGUCCAUCGGGUGAAGCUACUGGAAAAUACAAGGAACGGCACGCUGGUUCUUAGGCUUAACGCCUCGGAUUUGGACGAGGCUUCAAAUAGCCACAUUCUUUACUCCUUUGCAGCUGAUGUCUCCCCGGAUACAGCAACAACUUUUUGCAUAGAACCAGUCACCGGAGAAAUAAAAGUAAAUGGAAAAAUAGAUUUUGAAGGAACUCAAUUAUGGAAACUGCAAAUAGAAGCAGUUGAUAAUGGAAGCCCCCCAAUGUUUGGUCACUGCACCAUCUUGGUAGAAGUCGUGGACAUCAAUGAUAAUGCUCCGGAGUUGCUAGUGACUUCACUCUCACUUCCUGUUCCUGAGGACGCUCUACUGGGGACCGUCAUCGCCUUGAUUAGUGUAACCGACCAUGAUGCCGGUGUCAACGGGCAAGUGACCUGCUCGUUAACACCCCAAUCCCCCUUCAAGCUGAUGCCCACCUUCAAGAAUUACUAUUCGCUGGUGCUGGACAGCGCCCUGGACCGCGAGAGAGUGGCGAACUACAUUGUAGUUGUGACAGCGCGGGACGGGGGCUCGCCGUCGUUGUCGGCCACCGCCAGCGUGUCCGUGGAGGUGGCCGACGUGAACGACAACGCGCCGCUGUUCGCGCAGCCCGAGUACACGGUGUUCGUGAAGGAGAACAACCCGCCCGGCCGCCACAUCUUCACGGUGUCGGCGCGGGACUCGGACGCGCAGGAGAACGCGCGGGUGUCCUACUCGCUGGUGGAGCGGCGGGUGGGCGAGCGCGCGCUGUCGAGCUACGUGUCGGUGCACGCGGAGAGCGGCCAGGUGUCCGCGCUGCAGCCUCUGGACCACGAGGAGCUGGAGCUGCUGCAGUUCCAGGUGAGCGCGCGCGACGCGGGCGAGCCUCCUCUGGGCAGCACCGUGACGCUGCGAGUGUUCGUGCUGGACGAGAACGACAACGCGCCCGCGCUGCUGCCUCCGGCUCCCGGCGGCCCGGGCGGUGCUGUGAGCGAGCUGGUGUCGCGGUCGGUGGGCGCGGGCCACGUGGUGGCGAAGGUGCGCGCGGUGGACGCGGACUCGGGCUACAACGCGUGGCUGUCGUAUGAGCUGCUGCCGGCGGCGGGUGGUGCGCGCAGCCCGUUCCGCGUGGGGCUGUACACGGGCGAGGUCAGCACGACGCGCGCCCUGGACGAGGCGGACUCUCCGCGGCAGCGCCUGCUGGUGCUGGUGAAGGACCAUGGCGAGCCGGCGCUGGCGGUCACCGCCACCGUGCUGCUGUCGCUGGAGGAUAGCGGUCAGGCGCCUAAGGCCUCUUCGCGAGCUUCUUUGGGUGCCCAGGGCUCAGGGACGGCGCUGGUGGAUGUGAACGUGUAUCUGAUCAUCGCCAUCUGCGCGGUGUCCAGCCUGCUGGUGCUCACACUGUUGCUCUACAUAGCGCUGCGGUGCUCGGCGCCGCCCACCGAGGGCUGGUGCGGGCCGGGGAAGCCCGUGCUGGUGUGCUCCAGCGCGGUGGGCAGCUGGUCGUUUUCGCAGCAGAAGCCGCAGAGGGCGUGCUCUGGGGAGGGGCCGCCCAAGACGGACCUCAUGGCCUUCAGUCCGAGUGUACCUCCUGGUUCUAGAGAUAACGGAGAACUGCAGGAGAUUUGCGGGAAUUUAAUGUCGUGUGCAAUGUUUGGGGUUCAAAGAGGGGGAUUGGACACUCAGCAACUGCUGCUGUCGCUUCUGCUAUUCGCGCUCUGGGAGGCUGGGAGCGGCCAGGUCCACUACUCGGUCCCCGAGGAGGCCAAGCACGGCACCUUCGUGGGCCGCAUCGCGCAGGACCUGGGGCUGGAGCUGGCGGAGCUGGUGCCGCGCCUGUUCCGGGUGGCGUCCAAAGGCCGCGGGGACCUUCUGGAGGUAAAUCUGCAGAAUGGCAUUUUGUUUGUGAAUUCUCGGAUCGACCGCGAGGAGCUGUGCGGGCGGAGCUUGGAGUGCAGCAUCCACCUGGAGGUGGUGGUGGAGAGGCCGCUGCAGGUCUUCCAUGUGGAGGUGGAGGUGAAAGACAUUAACGACAACCCGCCGGUGUUCUCUCUCAGAGAACAAAAGCUGCUGAUUCCGGAAUCGAAGCCACCUGACUCCCAUUUUCCUCUAGAGGGCGCCUCUGAUGCGGAUAUAGGAGAGAAUGCUCUAUUGACUUACAGGCUAAGUCAAAAUGAAUAUUUUUCUUUAGAAUUACCAAGAAAUAGUAAGCAGACUAAUAGACUGUCACUUACAUUAAAGAAGUCUCUGGAUAGGGAGAAAACUCCGGAAAUUAGUUUGCUACUGACGGCUGCAGACCAGGGAAAGCCGGAGCUAACGGGCACGGCUCAGCUUUUCAUCUGCAUCUUGGAUACUAACGACAAUGAUCCAGAAUUUGAGCAACCAGAAUACAAGGUGAGAUUAAUGGAAAACGCAGCUAGAGAAACGUUUGUGAUAAAAUUGAACGCUACAGAUCUAGAUGAAGGAGUCAAUGGGGAGGUCACAUACUCCUUGUUGUCCGUUAAGCCCGAUGGAAAACCCUUAUUCACAAUAGGUAAAAAUAGUGGAGAGGUGAGGGUCAAUGGAACUUUAGAUUAUGAAAAAAACAAAUUUUAUGAAAUUGAAGUACAGGCCACAGAUAAGGGAAAUCCUCCAAUGGCAGGUCACUGUACAGUCUGGAUAGAAAUCUUAGAUGCCAAUGAUAAUGCGCCUGAAAUCACCGUGACUUCCCUGUCUCUCCCAGUACCAGAGGCCACUCAGCCUAGUACUGUCAUUGCGUUAAUUAGUGUAUCAGACCGCGAUUCUGGUGCGAACGGACAGGUGAUCUGUUCUCUAACGCCCGAAGUUCCCUUCAAGAUCAUUUCCACGUUCAAGAACUACUACUCACUAGUGCUGGACAGCGCCCUGGACCGCGAGAAGGUGUCACACUACGAGUUGGUGGUGACAGCGCGGGACCAGGGUUCGCCUUCGCUGUCGUCCACAGCCAGCUUGUCGGUGGAGGUGGCCGACGUGAACGACAACGCGCCGCUGUUCGCGCAGCCCGAGUACACGGUGUUCGUGAAGGAGAACAACCCGCCCGGCCGCCACAUCUUCACGGUGUCGGCGCGGGACUCGGACGCGCAGGAGAACGCGCGGGUGUCCUACUCGCUGGUGGAGCGGCGGGUGGGCGAGCGCGCGCUGUCGAGCUACCUGUCGGUGCACGCGGAGAGCGGCCAGGUGUCCGCGCUGCAGCCUCUGGACCACGAGGAGCUGGAGCUGCUGCAGUUCCAGGUGAGCGCGCGCGACGCGGGCGAGCCUCCUCUGGGCAGCACCGUGACGCUGCGGGUGUUCGUGCUGGACGAGAACGACAACGCGCCCGCGCUGCUGCCUCCGGCUCCAGGCGGCCCGGGAGGUGCUGUGAGCGAGCUGGUGUCGCGGUCGGUGGGCGCGGGCCACGUGGUGGCGAAGGUGCGCGCGGUGGACGCGGACUCGGGCUACAACGCGUGGCUGUCGUAUGAGCUGCUGCCGGCGGCGGGUGGUGCGCGCAGCCCGUUCCGCGUGGGGCUGUACACGGGCGAGGUCAGCACGACGCGCGCCCUGGACGAGGCGGACUCUCCGCGCCAGCGGCUGCUGGUGCUGGUGAAGGACCAUGGCGAGCCGGCGCUGGCGGUCACGGCCACUGUGCUGCUGUCGCUGGUGGACAGCGGUCAGGCGCCUAAGGCCUCGUCGCGAAUGUCGGCGGGGGUCACAGGCCCAGAGGUGGCGCUGUUGGACGUGAACGUGUACCUGAUCAUCGCCAUCUGCGCGGUGUCCAGCCUGUUGGUGCUCACGCUGAUUCUGUACCUGGCUCUGCGGUGCUCGGCGCCGCCCAAUGAGGGCGCAUGUGGCCCGGGGAAGCCCGUGCUGGUGUGCUCCAGCGCGGUGGGCAGCUGGUCUUACUCACAGCAGAAGCGACAGAGGGUGUGCUCUGGGGAGGGGCCGCCCAAGGCAGACCUCAUGGCCUUCAGUCCCAGUCUUCCUCCAGGUCCGCAUAAAGAAGAUGGAGGGGAAAGGCAGGAGACCGGGUCAAAUCAUUUUGAGCAGCCUUUUGCCUUGAUAUUUUCAUCUUAUUAG